AUGUACGACACAAUCUCGCAGCAUAGUGCCGGUCAGAGAUUUCUUACCCCUAAGGUUUCGGCUGUUGUUUACAACAACAACAUAAGGGGCAACGCUAAGAUCUUAAUUCUGUACAAGACGUUUCGAUUGUAUGGCGCCGCUCUAAAGAUCGUUGAAGACAAAUAUAGGGUGGGCCCUUAUGAUUAUUCUUGGACAAUCAACAACUAUAGUCUCAUUCAGCCUUGUGAGGAUACCAUCCCGACUCAGCUUUACUGCAGCUUAGACACCGAAAGCUAUGGAAAUUUGCACCGCUAUGCGGACAGUGAAAACUUACAGAAGGGUGAACAGUUGGCGAAUAAUAUUAAUGCAGGAAAUGUGGUCAUUGCGAUGCAAGUUAGAGUAUCCACAUUCUAUGGCAUUUCAGUUUCGACUAAACAGCCAAGCUCGAUACUCAUAAAUCCACCAACACCUGAGGCUACUGAACUCAAGAAGUGGUACCUACAAAAUCAGUUGGAGGUUGCAAAUCUCAUUGCAGCUAAAGAGUACAGAAACACGGCUACAUUGCUGCCACGACCACCUGCUGACGACAUCAUUAGUGUCCAGGAUUUCGUGCAUAGCAAUUGCAGCGCUUGCAACCAACAAAGCGAAAUUAUUCCAAGGGCAAGGAUUCCCAUCUACAUUGAGGAUGAUACGGAGACGAUUGCGGCAAUUGUGUAUGGAGAAGAUGCUGAAGGACUUGUUAGGCAUGCUGCGGCUGACUUAAAAGACGCUAAGGAUCAAGGCAUGAGCUUGCUGAAAAGAAUAGAGCAGAGGAUUAACCGCCACCAUGUUAUAUGCUUCGUGAGGUUGUACCAAACAAGCGGUACAAAUUACUCAAUUGUGAAGCUCUACAUGGACGAAAUUGAAGGGCUCUUGGAUGAGGAUGAUGUUGAGGAUUCUGCUGAACAAAAAUCAGAGGGGGAGUCUGAUGUACAACUAUUUACACCAACCACUAAAGCUUGCCUCGAAGAAAUUGAAAACGCUACCGUGAACACAGCUACCGCGCCUUCCAUUAAGCCAAUGGCAGCACGGGCCUUGAAAUUUGGAGAUAGCAAUGCAAUUUCACCUUCCAAGCCUCCAGUGAACACAACGGAUAUGAGUGCAUCCUAUGGCGAUGAAGGUAGUGUGAGCAAUGCAGCGGCACUAGCCAACUCUCUCAAAAAGCCUCGCACCUUUGCAAAGCUUUCAUGCCUAGGAAAAUAUGUACAUACUUUUGACUGCGCCGCACUUAUGCCCUCUAAUAGUGUAUUUGUACUGUGCCGGCAUGACGUCUAUCUUUUCAACUGCAUUUUCAGCUUCUUUUGUGAAUGCUCUCGACUCUCUGAAAUGACGACACUUGCCAUCAACGAAGUCCUUCCGCAUAUUAAGGGAUGGACAGUUAUCAUACAGGUGAUUGAAAGAGGUCAUAUCUUGACAACCAAAAAAAACACAUCCAUCUCAUACCGCAAGUUCGUUUUAGCUGAAGUUCAGGGUACAAAGGUUUCAGUCGCCGCUUAUAACAAUAACAUAAGACCUGGCGCUAAUCUCUUGCUUCCAUACAAGACAUAUCGGGUCUCUGGUGCCACUGUGAAAAAAGUAGAAGAAAAUCAUAGGGUGAGCUCUUAUGAUUUUUCUUGGACCAUAAACAACAAUACCCUCAUUCAACCCUAUGAAGACGUUGUCCCGCCACAACUGUACUGCCACAUAGACACUGAAAUGUUUGCAAACUUACACCGUCAUGCCGAUACCGAUAGCUUGCAAAAUGUGCUUGGAGUUGUUGUUCAUGCAUUUGAAUCCAAGCAAAAGGGGUUUGAUUCAGUCAUAAGAGAACUUGUGAUUAUGAAUGCUGAGAACAUGCCUAUGAUUCUCACACUUUGGAAUGAGUUUGCUGGAACUGAAGGUGAACAACUGGCAACAAGUAUCAAUGCAGGAAAUGUAGUCAUUGCGAUGCGUGUUCGAGUCACGACUUUUAAUGGAAUUUCGCUCUCCACCAAACCACCAAGCGCGAUUCUCAUAAAUCCAGCAACACCUGAGGCAAAUGAGGUCAAGCAAUGGUACAUGCAAAAUAGACUGGAAGUAGAUGAUUUCAUUGCAGGAAAAGCAUUCACAGACACAAAUAUAUUACUUCUGAGACCACCUGUUGAGGACAUUGUUGGUAUUCAAACUCUGUUCAAUCCUGCAAACAAUGUAAGAGCUGCCUGGAUUGAAGGACACAUUACUUUGGGUUUAGUUAACCAGUCGCUGUGGUUUGGCGCUUGCGCAAACUGUCAAAAAAGAUUUAAUUUACAAGUCGGGUCUGAGAUUCGGUGCAGCUCAUGCGACGAACAUAGCCAAAUUGCGGCAAGGGCAAGAAUCCCAAUUUGCAUUAGAGAUGAGUCAGGCUCAAUUGCGGCAAUUGUGUAUGGGGAUGAUGCUGAAGACCUAGCUGGACUUACCGGUGCUGAUUUGAAAGAUGCUGAAGAAGAGGGUAUAGACCUGGUGGAACCAAUUGCCACGGGAAUUAAGAACCGCCAUGUUGUCUUCUAUGUUAGGGUAUACCAAGCCAACGACACAAACUACUCAGUAGUGAAGACGUAUAUGGACGAAAUUGAAGACCUCCUGGAAGAGGAUGACAUUGACGAUUCAGUUGCAGAGGAAGAGCCUAAUAUCCAGUUGUUGCCGCCAAACACCAUGGAAUACCUUGAAGAAACUGCAAGCGAUGCUACAAACACUGAUAUAGCAGGUCCCUCGAAUCCAAGUGCAGCACGCGCCUUCACAUUUGGAGAUGACACUACUACUUCCUCCUCAAAUCCUCCAGUAGACACCACCUGCGACGAUGCAUCCUACAGCGAAUUUGGAAGUGCGAGCACUUCAGCUGUCCCAUCCAGCCCGCUGAAAAGGCCUCGCAACUAA